AUUUAGUAGUAUUUAAAUCCAUAGUUUAAUUACAACACAAUUUAAAUAUGCUAAUACCGCCUCUAUAUUAGUCUGCAGGGAUUUUUCGGCACACAUUAAGCGGAAGUAUUGACUUUUUCAAGGGAACAGUAAUACUUUUAAUAUUUUAAUCGCCUAUUCACAAUGCUGAUAUGUAUAGGCUACAAAUGAAAAUUGUAAUAGUUUACCUCUUAUUGUCAUAUACGAAUAAGAUAUCAAAACAAACAGUACAUGGGCAGGUGACUACACAGCACAAUGUCUCAGUCCACACGUGUCAGGAACAGAUACUGCACUCUACCCGGUUUGUAUCAAGAGGGCGUAUUUCACCAUCGCUUUACUCUAAUUUUGGCGAAGAAGUGAAAACUCCUUUAUGCAUGGCUGACUAGAGACCUGUAUUUAGCCCGCAAUUCUGGGCAGAAUGUAUACUGAGUGAUUGUGUGUUAAGUUGUAAUGAAUGGCUUGUAUGUUGCAGGUGUGUUGAGUCGCCGACAGCCUGGCUCAGUGGACACUGCGCCACCUACUACCGGUGGUCCUCUCUAUAUCAAGCGGGAACGGGAAACCGAUCACAAGGCGUUGUUACACGGCAUCCUCUCCCAGCAUCAUGCCGCUGCUGCCCUCCUCAACUAUAACCACUCCAACACCGGGUCACUACCGCCCAGCCCUGCGGACUCCGGAGUGUCAGAUGUAGACUCCAGCAGCAGCGGUCACACCUCCAAUGACGAACUGAGAGCCCGCCUUCAGCCCACCAACCAAGUCUCGUCCUGUUGGAGGUCGCCCGAGUCUCCGUCCAGCCUCUACCCCCAACAUUUCCUGGCCCCGUACUACCACCAUCAGGUCGCCAGGCCCCACCACCCCUCCGCCGCUACUCAGCCGAGACCACCCCUGACAGACGGGUAUGGAUAUAUGCCUCCACCCAGCAGUCAUCACUACUUUGCCACCCCUUCCGCACCAUCUCCUCCUCGUGCCGCACCCACCUCCGUUAUACAGGCAGCCGCCUCGAGCAGCCAUGACGACCUGUACUUCCUUGAGCUCGGCUUCCAACAAAGAGCGAAGAAGAAAAUAAAGAGGAUCAAAAGUGGAGAAGCCUUACCUCCAGGAGCAAAAAGGAAAAGCCGGGAAGGGUCCACAACGUACCUGUGGGAGUUCCUGCUAAAGCUACUGCAAGACCGAGACUAUUGCCCUCGCUACAUCAAGUGGACCAACAGAGAGAAAGGCGUGUUCAAACUGGUGGACUCCAAAGCUGUGUCACGGCUCUGGGGCCUACACAAGAACAAGCCUGACAUGAACUAUGAGACCAUGGGUCGUGCUCUAAGGUACUACUACCAGAGAGGAAUCCUGGCAAAGGUGGAUGGCCAGCGGCUUGUAUACCAGUUCGUGGAUGUGCCUAAAGACAUUGUGGAGAUUGACUGUACGGGAGCGUGACCAUCGUAGACUCGCACAUGCCAAUCUCCUGACAGAUCUGUUCAAUGUGAUGGUGAAUACAGUUACAGUUGGGACUUCCUCAGAAAGCCAAACUAAGUGUCUUUGGUCAACGAAAUGUCUACAAUUAGUGUUACUUAUAUUAAAAUGUAAUGUUAUUUUUCUAAUUAACUAUUUGUUAAAUGGUUUCAUUUUGAAAAAAGGCUGUUUACAAUUAAGGUAGAUUUGGUGUUUGAACUGUUAAUCGAAUCAAAUGUCUUUUAAGCAGACUUUGAAACACCUUUUAUGGUUAUAUCAUAAGUCAAUCCUUCAUUCUUAGUAGACCAUUGUUCUUUGUACAAAAUAGAACCCUCUAAAUGUCUUAAAAAAUGUUAAAAAUUUGAGUUCUUGAAAACAUCUAUUUAAUUGCUAUUACUUGUUUGUUUUUAUGAAAGGCGAGUUUACAAAUAACUUGGUUAAGAUAAAUACUUGUAUACCGUCACUUGAAGAGAUCUAGUUGGAGUGUCAAACGGUUGUGAAAGUAACAUUUUGGUUGGAUUAUUCUCAUCACAUUGUCCCGGAUAGUCCCACCUAGAUGUGUUAGCAAUAUUAUGCUCAAAGCUGUUCCGAAGUCUGUAACCAUGUGUAUAUUUUUAGAUUUUCUAAGAUUGUUUAUAUGUGUAUAUGAAACGGAAUGAUCUCAGGACUAAGUUUACUGCGGGAUCGCACCGGCCUCCACUGCCACGUGCUCGUUAUAUGUACAUAGUUUGCAGCCUCAUGACUUGUAUAUACCAUUACGAUUACAUAUUGUCUAUAAUUUAUUUAUUUCUUUGUUGAUAGUUUCACUUCUUCAGGAUUUCCUUUUAAUUUACAAAUGGCAGUGCACGUUGUCUCUAUUCUAUUGUUGUACUCGUUAAUGUUUACGGACUCUUGUUUUGUUAGUAAUUAAUUACGUUCUAGUAAAGCAUCACAUAAUAACUUUAAUAAAUUAUGAAUAAUUCUAAAGGGUUUUAAAUGUAUUUUAUGAACUUUAUGUCAAUGAUGUAACACAUUCAGUACAAAGUGUCUGAGUGAUGUUCACUGUCUAGCACACGGUUAAGUGUGCCGCUCCGUGUAAUUAAUGUUUCGGUGUAACUUAUUGUGAUGCCGGGUCAGAUGUGGUUCAGAAUCCACAAAACGUUUGCUGUGAAAGGCCUUUAGAAGCAAUUAACGAAGUGAGAAUCUUAUUGAGACUGAGCAUGGUACGGAGAACAGUUUUAUACCGUCUAUAUACCGUAGUAGUUUGUUAACGUUUUUGCUAAGAUUUCUAUCUGUAAUGUUAUAAGUGUGAAGCAGAUGCAGCUAUCGGUGUAGUGUUUGUUAUCUUCUGUUAUCUCAUCAUUCCGCUCUGUCUCUACUGCCCCUCACCAUCACUGCCAUUUCAGGUGGAUAAACUCUUGUAUUAUUAUUUUACACAUUUUUACCAGACCAAAAAUUUGUGAUAAAAUUUCAGAUUCAUUUGUUGUAAAUUUAUUAAAAUUGAAACCAUGUUCCUUUAUUAUAAAAGACCUUUGCUCAGAAACACGAGUUCUGGUGGUCAGCUAAUAUAUUAUGUUGUUAGUACUUAUUAGCCUAGUUGUACUUUUAUUACAAUGCUCAUUAAAAUACAUUGUGAAUUGUGCAGUGCCUCAUGAGUUUUGUAACGGGUCGAAUUGCAAUUAAUUCUUGAUGUUCUAUUGUAGUUUGUUACAACUUUUUGAAAGAUUUAAUAUUUGAUGCCCACAGCAGCACGAACCAAAUAACGUUCUCUUAUUGCAGAUUUUAUUAUUGUUGUGUCAGACAAAGAAUGUACCUUAGUAGAGAUGGAAAUAGUUUAUUCAAAGUUGACCAUAUUUUUACAUAAUACAGAUAAUGAAGUGAUGUACAUAGUAUUUUUAUGUAAGUAGGGUUUGCAUUUGUUCCAACCAGAUGAAUGUAACCCAUUUCUCUCAGAUUUAGAUCAUAGUAUUCUAUAAAAGCUAUUUUAAAUGUUAUUAUUAUUAAAAGAUGCUAUUCACUGGAUAAUUUUUGCAUAUAUGUAAAUUUUAAAAACAGCAGUCUUAAAUAAAUAUUUUGAUGUUUUCUA